AUGUCCGAUCGGGGUGUUAUUCCGAUAGUUUGUUUAACUCAAACUUUCAGAAGCCAUCCACAUUUAACGAACUUUCUCUCACACGCUGCAUAUAACGAUGAAUUGAUAUCACCACUAGCAACAAUUCAGCGAACGUUUCUUAUCAGUUCCGAUUUUCCUUUACCAGCCCAGCAUGUCCCACUGCUGUUGCUCCAUACGCGCGACACCAAUUUUCAGGAUAUUUGUCGCUCGCAAUACAAUCCGGAAUAA